AUAUAUAUAUAGAGUUCAAUUCUCUCACAGAGAAAGUUUUUUUUUUUGUUAAAUAUAACUUGUCUUUUCAUGCAAGUAUGUGAUAUACUGUGUAUAUAUACAGAACAUACUCUGAGUUUGUUUACUUGUUAGUCAUCCAGUUUUAUUUAUUGUUGAAAGAGGUUUGUGUAGGCUGUCUCUGGUGUCUUGCUUCUGGUUUAGUUGAAAUUAGGAGGCAACAAAAUUAUAUAAAGUCCUGAUUAGGAAAUCAUGUAGGAAAAUUAUUUUUACUGGCUGUCGUACAAUUGUAAAAAAAUCUUUUUAAUUUACAUACAGUAUAAUUGUUUCCCAUAUUUUUUGCGUUCUUUUGCCAUACCUUCCAUUGUUUUAUUCAUGUUACCAUCAUUAUCCUUCAUUUCAACCAUUCUUAUUGAAUCCAGCUUGAAAAAAUCACCAGGACAAAUGGGGGGAGGAACUUUUGACAAGCCACUGGUUUUUUGUCCUCGUCAAGGCCACCAGAGUGUUAGUGGCUCUUGGGUAAAUUUAGGUAAAUGUUGUGUACAUCGACUUCACUUAGGCUUUUCAUAAUGUACCACACAAAAGACUCGAACAGAAUCUAAAAGCACACAGAAUUACUGGUUAAAUACUGCAUCAGAGUGGAUGAACAGUGGUUAACAGACAGCCAAGUAGUGUCAUACUAAAUGUGAUAGAUUCAGUCAGGAAAACACAUUGUGAGUAGAAUGCAAAACGCAUCCAUUUGUGGGAUAACUCAUUUUGCAAUAUACUAUAUGUACAUAAGUGACAUCAAUGAUGCUAUGAACCACAUCAUUAAAUCUGCUUAUGGUCCAUCGAUCUUCAAAAAAGUGAGAAGUGCAAACUUUGUCUUGACAGACUAGCUACUAGUACUGCAUUUAGAUAACCUUCAACACAUAUUCUUGGAGAUAUUUUACCAAUGUUCUAAGAUCCUGAAAGAAACAUAAAUGUUUUUGAUCAGUUUCAAGUCUUUUCAGAGGAAAUUACAUUUAUUACAUCACAACUUUUUUGUUUGACAAAUACUGUACUGUAACUCAGUUUCCACAUCAAGUAUAUGUGUGUGUUCCUUUUUAUUCUCACCACUUAUGAAAUAGUAUUUGAACAUUUAAGAAUAUAUGUGUGUAGGGAGGAAUAGCUAGCAUGGCACAUACCUCAGUGGAAAGUAUUGAAAUGAUGUACUAUGAGCCAGAAAAACGGCGAAGAAUUAGGUUUGCCGAUGACGAAGUUGAGAUUGAAAGAUCAGGAGAACUUCUAGGUAGCCACACUCUUCAUUAUGGCUCUGAUCACCGACAAUCGGCCUGGUUCAAUACUUUAAUGGAUCGGCGAAGGAGAGGUGUCAGCCCCAACACGGAGGAUGAAAUUGUAGAUGAGCUUGCUGAUGCCAUGGAGGGAGACGAGAAGCUUAUGUCGGAUAAUGUGGACGGGGAAAUAAUGAGGAGAGAGGCUUUAAGAGAGUUGCGUAAACCCUUAAGAGUGAGAAAGGAAAUACGAAGACGGUUGACUGCCCGCCGAUCCUCCUAUCGCACCUCCUCACGUACCAUAAGCAGGAUGCAAUAUCUCAAAUAUACCAUUAGCAUGCACUGGUACAAGCUGUGUCAGUCAGUGAAGGACACAUUUCAUGACUACAGUUUGUGGCACAAAGAGCUGAAGGAGAUUGAAGGAACGUUUGGGACUGGAGUUGGGUCAUAUUUUAGGUUCCUGAGAUACCUCUUUCUCCUCAACUUCACAAUUGCAUUCCUUGUAUGUGGACUCGUGGUGACACCCCAGCUGUUGGCACGUCUCAAUGAAGACACCUCUCAGUCACACAGCUCAACAGAGUUACCCAGUACGACUGGUACAACUCCUCUACCUCGCUCAUUCAAUAAGCCGGGAAUAUUGGCAGCAGCUCUGCGAGUGAGUGACACUCUUUCAGGUCAAAAUUUUCCUGGUACAUGGAAAGUGAGCAACCAGAGCAGCAACACAGACAAAGGAAGACCUUUGGCUGAGGAUGAUGCCCACAUCACAGAAUUUAGUGGUUUAGAUUGGUUGACCGGGGCUGGCUGGUUUGACACCACAGAGUUGUACUACGGCACAUACCUGGCACAGAGUUUUUCCCUUAUCAAGGGCCAGAAUUUCAAUAUGCCUCAAGUUUACUUCUCCGUUAUUUCUCUGGCCUACGUGAUCUUCCUAGUUGUAAUCCUUCAUAGGGUGAUUGUUUUGUACAAGAAUAAUUACAUUGACGUCGAACAUGACAUGUCAACCGCAUUUGAAAGGAAGGUCUUUUCGGCUUGGGACUUUAGCAUCACAGAAAAGAAAGCAGCGAAUAUCAAACACAGGAGUAUUUACAAUGAGCUUAAGGAGCUGUUGCAAGAGUUCAUGAAUGAGGAGCAGGAUGAAGGCUUCUGGAGCAAGCUAGCAGUCAAAUGUGUCAAGCUGUUCUUUUGGGUUUUGGUACUGAUUUUGCUGGGCCUCCUGGGCUGGGGCACAUACGCCAUGCUUAAAAGUGGCAUCGACAAGGAUAUUGGGAACAAGACUGACAGUAGUGGAUUUGGACUACUAGUUUAUCCUUUGAUCGUCACCUGCAUCAUAAUCAUUGUACCAGCUCUAUUUGGUGUCAUAGUCAAGCUAGAAGGCUACACAACUCCUCGCCAUAGACUAUAUGUCACCCUCAUCAGGACCAUACUACUGGAACUGACGGUUCUGGGGGUGCUGGUGGGGUUCUGGUACAUGCAAGCUGUGGACCUCAGUCCUACUCCCCCCACAAAUGUCACCACACACAGUCCUGUUACAGGUUAUAGAAAUAAACCUAAGGGCAAUGAAGCUUUGAAAAUGGUGUCUGAGAGCCCACAAGUAAAUGAUUACUGUUGGGAAACAUCCUUAGGAGAGGAGUUUUAUCGCUUGCUGAUCAUCGACUUUUUUGUUGUCGUCAUCAUGAACUUUACAACUCUCAUUUACUUCAUGGCCACUCGAAAGAAAACAACGAAGGGAAAGAUUCAUCAAUAUCUUCUCGAGUUUGAUAUUAGUCGUAACACACUGCACCUCAUUUACAACCAGACACUGUUGUGGGCCGGGCUCUUCUUUUGUCCGCUGACACCCCUCAUUGUCCUCCUCAAGAUUACUGUCAUGUUCUAUAUUCAAAAGUUCAGCGCAUUGAAGUUUUUGCAGCCAGACGAGCGUCCAUGGCGAGCAGCUCAAACCGAGACACUAUUCUUUGCUCUGACUCUGGUGUCUCUCAUCCUCUCUGUUCUUGGAUAUGGGUUUAUAUUUUUCAGAGGUAAUGCCUCUCCAUCUUGUGGUCCAUAUCAAGGCUAUCAUCACUAUAUAGAUUUUGUGUGGGAAAUGACAGACAAAAAUCCAGAAAUUAUCCUGAAAAUAUUCUCUUGGUUUCUGAAACCCGGAGUUGUGACAGGAAUUCUUGGUUUUCUGGCGAUACUUGUGUACUGUGCCAAGUCCUUGGCUGAGGGACGGGCCGAGAUGAUUAAGGUGUUGCAGCAGCAGCUGGAGCUGGAGGUACGCGACAGAGCUUUCCUGCUUCAGCUUACCGAGAAAGUUCGUAAAGGUGAAUAUAGGCCAGCAAGUCCUGGCCACAUCAGAGCUGCCUCCCCACCACCAUCAUCUCCCACAUCACCUGGAGACCUCACACAACGAGCAUCAUUUGUGUUUAAAGAUAACAAAGUGUAUCCAGCAGAUGUGGAACCACAACCGCGACAUUUCACAGAUUAUGCAGAUGCUCACUGCUCGGAUCGUUAGUCAUCGUAGGUCUGAACAAGGUUUUAUAAACAGAAUCACAAGUGUAACAUCAUGUUUAGUAUGCCAUCGAGGACAAAAGGACAAGCUUAACGUCAUGUAUGUAGUACGCUGUUGAGGACGCAUCAUCAUCAUCAUCAGCAGCAGCAUCAUCAUCAUCUCCGGAGGCUUGUCCUUCAUGACAUCUCACCUGUGUGCCUUAAUCAGGACUGAAUCAAACCUCAAAAAGGACCUUUAGAAUUUAUGUCUUGCAAUGGUUUAAUACUUGCAGUUCUUCGAAGCAUGUGCUAAUUCUUAGGGAAAUGAUAUAAUUUUGUUUAUUUUGAUAUAUUUAUUGUAUAGGAUUAGUAGAAUCUGUUGUGUACAUCUGAUUGAGGUUUGUUACAUUUUAUGUCUUCUAAGGGCUUUGCAGUUGUUAAGUUUUGUUAAAGAGUUUAGAUUAAAUAUAUAUAUAUAUAAUAUGCAGGCAGGACUAUAUACUAGUCCUGCCUGUAUAUACAACCACUGGUCAGUAACUCAAGGUCUUCCAAAUUGUUCAACAAAAUUGUUUUAAUUUUACAUGCAAUAAUUUUUAGAAUAAAUCUCAAGUUUUAUUUAACAGUAUUAACAUGUAUGUUAAGUAUGUUAACAUACUGUUAACAGUAUUUAACAGUAUGAAGCAUGGUCAUAUAUCAAAUUCUUCCAUAAAUUUAGUUGUUGUACAGGAAAUUAGAUAACUGUAAUUACCUAAUGAUGCAUGUUCCUGUUUGGAACAGGAAAAGAAACAUGGCUAGUAGAGGCAUUUAACUGAGCAAAAUAGGGAUAGGUGGCUUGGAUGUAAAUCAGGUGGCAGAUUGUGUUCAACGGGCAAGUUAUUGAAAUGUAAGUUUUUCUUGAGUUAUUCCUUGACACUAAGAUGUACACCUCAUCAUGUGUAGGUGUGUAGGACAUGCUGCGGCCACUAUCAUCAAUUACGACCAAAUUGGUUUUCCCUGUGCAUCACCCUUAUUAUUCAAAGACAAGUUCUUACAGUACUUAGCAUCUGCAAAUCAUUUACUAAUAGGGAACUUUAGCAUCUUUUAUAAAGAAAUCAAACAUGAUACAGUAGUAAGAAAAUUACUUUCGUAAUAGACUACAGUAUUAAGUGUGGUAACCUGUUGACCAAACCACACUAGAAAGUGAAGGGACAACAACGUUUCGGUCCAUCCUGGACCAUUCUCAAGUCGAUUGUAUGAGAAUGGACUUGAAAAUGGUCCAGAACGGACCGAAACAUCGUCGUCCCUUCACUUUCUAGAGUGUGGUUUGGUCAAUAUAUUUCAGCCACGUUAUUGUGACUCCUCGUCUGCAUAUGGUAACCUGUCUUCAGAUGCUAAAAGAAACUCUGGCACAAAAUAGUUGCCUAGUUGGGGCUCCUCUUGAGUUCCACCCAGGAUUUUCUUCACAUGCAGGCCUGCUAGUAAUCUAAUGGCAGUAAUCUUGGCAAGUGUAAGGUUCACAUAUAUUGGGAAUAGAGACCAAUGAUUAUAAUUCAAGCCACCACCAAGGAUAUUAGCUUGUCAAGAUACAAAGUAAUUAAAUAAACCUCAAAUUUGCACUGCAAGCACUGUAUUUGAAGUUUGAAGGCCACCAGCUAUUCUAGUCCUGCUGGACUAGAAUAGCUGGCAUGUCUUAAAAGUAUAGAGAUCCUUUACUGUCUGAAUAGAAUUAAUGACAGAUUUAUUACUGAGACUCCAUGGAAGCAUUAAAAUGGAAUUCCUUGGAAUGAGAGAGAGAGAGAGAGAGAGAGAGAGAGAGAGAGAGAUUUUUAUAAUGUACAAAUAGAAAAUACUAAAGGGUCAGGAUCCAAACCUGCACAAUGAAAUUACAAUAUACUGCAGUGAGAGGUAUAAUAGGAAGUGUUAAAUAAUUCCAAUGUAAAGUUUGGGUGUCAUAGGCAUGAUCAGAGAACACAUGGUAAACAUCAGAGGUCCAAGACUUUUCAACCUCCUGCCAACAAAUAUAAGAAAUAUUACUGGAACAACAUCAGGAGCUUGCAAGAGAGGACUGGACAACUGGACAAAUUCCUAAUAGAGUAAUCAGAUCAGGCUAGCUGUGAUGGAUAUGUGAGCCUGCAGAUUACUAAGAUAGCCUCGUAGACCAGACAAUCACCAAGGAAGGCUAACCCCAGGCCCGGACAUGAUAGAAAUCGAUUACAGGUAAUCUAACAGUUUACAAAAGGAUACUCUAGGCAGUCUGGUAUUUCUACUUAUUGCAAUGAAGGGCCAAAUUUAAGUGUUGAUGAGUUCCUUUGUAUCAGAGUGUGCUAGUAAUCUUGGUGACAAAUACUGACUUGCCACUUGUCUUCCUUCUCUAGAAGCAUAGCAGAACUACUGCAAAGACCUCUUGUCAUGAGAAAAAUGUAAGAGCAGGUGAUAGUCCUAGGUGGAUCAUAUAGUGAGGCUGGCUAUGGAAGUGUCCGAGAGUCAUGACUUGGAAAAGGAGCAAUUUAUUAUGCUCAAUUUUCUAUUUUUAUAUAUUUUUGUAAUACAAAGAUUUUUAACAAUAUGCAGAAUAGGUAUCAUUAAUAAUGACCAGUUGAUUUUUAUAUAUUUAUACACACACAUGAGCAACUGAAAUUUGCUCUUGCAGAGAUCUUUCUUAACUCCAUUUAGGUUUUGAUGUUCCAAAUAUAACAUUAGUUUAUAUAAGCAUAUUUCCUUGUAAAUACAAAAUAAUGAACCAAAGAACAACAAAGAUUUUAAACUAUGGUGCUAUCUUGCAAUAUUAUAUAAUGGUACAGUAUAUAUAAUGUUAAUUAUAUAACAUCAUAUUUGGGAAGAUGUUUAAAUUCCAGUGCAGGGAAUGGUCAAAUUAUGGUGCUAGGGAGAAAAUAAGAAUAGACCUCUUUGAGAACACUGAUACAGGUUUUGAGACAAGAUAAUAAAGAAUAUGAUCUGGAAGUGACUAUAACAAACGUUCACCAGAACACUAUGUAAAGGAACUGCAUUUGGUCGUUUCUGGGCAGUGUGGGUAUGCCUGACUGUUCCCAGGUGGUUUGCCUUCCCAUUUCCAAGCAGUAUACCUGGCUGCUUUUGGGUGAUGUCUUGGUGGUUUUUUCCCUAGUCACAAGGCUUUCCUUCCCUUGUGCCUUCGUCAUUCUUGGCUCAAUUUCAGUUUGGCUUGGCUUCCUGGAUACUCUAAGCUAUCUUCUGUGGCAUCAUUUUUCCUGUAAACCUCGAGAUCUCAAGAUCCUCUAGGGUCUUCAGAUCUGGUUACCAGGACUAUGAGCCCUGGGUUUAACAUCCCCCACAUCCUAUUCUCCUUUUCGUUGAUUUCCUGGCCUCUCUUUUGGCCUUUUGGCUUUUGAACAUCCAUUGGUCUGCCAUCACAGAUCUAUUAAAUGAUGACAAAAAAAUUUCACAAUUAAAUACAGUGUAUAUAAUAUAAAUAAUAUAAAUAGUGUUGCUGAAAUUCUUAAUUUAGGUCGUGCAUUAAAUUGUAUGGAAUGUUAGCCAAUCAGGUGUUGUCACCUAUACUGGAACAUGUAUUUAGAGAUACAGUUAACUAACAUUUUUUAAGUAUGUGUUGCAGGUGGAAAAUCUGGACUGAACCUGUGUGUCUUGAGGAAAGGAAGGUGUCAAACAUGACUGACUUCCUUACAAAAGCUUGGUAAAAUCAAAAAAUUCUCCAGCACACACUGACCAACUAAUUCUUAUACACAUUCCUGCAUCUGGAGCUAUCAACUCCUCUUUAUUCUUUCUUGCUCGUAGCCUCCUCUUCAGCUGCUGAGCCGUAUACAUAAUCUAUAUACGCUGGAACCAAUCGUAUUGGCGUAUGCCUUUCCAUUGGAGACUUUCAGCGCCGUGGAGAGGGGGGACCUGCUACCUGUGUAGCAGCUUCUUCCCCGAAUCAACCUACCCUGGCUUUGCGCCCUGGUGAGGCCACUCCAGACCAGGCCGACACCAGAGCGCAACUCCAUAGUCUCCUGAGACUGAUGGAUGCCUACUACUGGCAAAUACAAAAACAAACAAUCCUCUUUUCCAAGACAAACCUUUGUUUGAUCUAAUAUUGACACUUGUAAUGUGAACUGAAUAUUUUUACUUUCACCUCUCAGAUGAAAAUGCUGCUGUUCUUGACCAGAUAUUACAUCUCAAAUUCCUCAAAUUCCUGGGUGUAUCUAGUAAAUUUCAUUAACAUAUGGAGUACCUAUAUUAUUGAAGUCCAAACAAAAGAACAGAUCAAAUGCUUACUGCAGUUUCUCCAGAUUAAUGACACUGUUACAAAUCACCAAAUACAUUAACUUGAAUUCAUGUACAGUAUUAUCUCUCUACUAACUGCAUGCUCUCCUUUGCAAUUUUAUUUCUUUUACUGUAAGAAUGGCACACUUGUGAAAGUACCCCUCUGCAUGUCCACAGUGUGUGUGAUUGUAUUGUACCCACAUUACUCGUGUGGAGAAUCUAAAUUUUAAAAUUAUGUAAUGUCCUCAAUUUUAUACUGGAGGCUUUAUACUGUGUAAAAAUAGAUCUAAUGAUUGAAUAUGAGGUAGAUAAUUUAUAUUGAACUUGAGAAUUAUUUAUUAAUAUAAAAAUAAAUAAUUAGAGCAAGGAU